AUGGAGGCAGCGGCUAGUUUAUCGAGCAGCAGCGAAUCGUACACGAGCGAUGACGAAGAAAUCCGGGCGUAUGGCGAUGUCGACGACGCAGAUUGGGAGCUUUCACGAGGCGGUACGUCGACGCUUGAUACUUAUGCAGACUUUACCAAGCAGUACAAUCGUGCACGCCAAAUUGCAUCAGCGGUGCAUGAGCGACGCAAUGAACGACACGCGGGACAUGUCACUGCAGGCGCCGUUGCAUUGCCCCCAUUAAAUCGCGUCCGACGUGCCGCGACGCCUGCCAAGCAAGCAGGAGCGUCUGAGGAGAGUGUGCCCCACACAAGCAAAACUGCCGCACAGAUCUCUGCACUUGCGCAGUAUGCAAACUGCAUUCAUAUCGACAAGCAGUACGAUCCAUCACUUGGAGCGGGCGGCAGUGUUGAUAGCCGCGUCCCGCGCAAGACGAACCAGCCGGAUAACAAGCGCAAAGACAAGGCAGAUCGCGCAACGCUGCAGCAAGUGCUCGAUCCACGCACGCUUGUGAUUCUUUACAAGAUGAUCCGACGUGAGCUACUGGAGGUGGUGAACGGGUGCGUAAGUACGGGAAAAGAAGCAAGUGUAUUCCAUGCAAUGAUGCCUGCCCGUGAAGGCCAAUGCGCGAAAAGUGCCGCGGUAAAGAUAUACAAAACGAGCAUCCUUGUGUUUAAAGACCGCGAUCGGUACGUCUCUGGCGAGUACCGAUUCCGGCACGGGUACAGCCGCCAUAACCCACGCAAAAUGGUGCGUCUCUGGGCCGAAAAAGAAAUGCGCAACUUGAAGCGCCUGGUCAACGCCGGUUUGCGCGCGCCGAAUCCCAUAGAGCUGCGCGAUCAUGUGCUUGUGAUGCAGUUUUUGGGCGAUGCAGACGGCUGGGCGAGUCCCCGCUUAAAAGAUGCCGAGCCGCACAUCCCUGCCGAUGCAUGGCCGAGGCUGUACUGCCAAUUAAUGGCUUCAGUGCGCCGCAUGUACCAUCAAUGCCGCCUGGUCCAUGCCGAUUUGAGCGAGUACAAUAUUUUGUAUCACGAGGACCAUUUGUGGAUUAUUGACGUCUCGCAGUCUGUCGAACACGACCAUCCGCACGCAUUUGACUUUUUGCGCGAAGAUAUCUCGCACGUGGAAGAGUACUUUGGAAAGCGCGGUGUGCAGACCUUGGGACUCCGGCGUGCGUUUCAUUUUAUUGUGCGCGGAGCGCCGCAAGUACGACAUGGCGGCUUGGCAGGGCUGGAGAAGCUGGAACUUGCCGAUGCACAGAUCGAUGAUGCUGUGCUGCAUGCCGAAGUGGGAGGGCCUAAGGACGAGUCAGAAGCCGGGCUCGUGGCGCAGAUCCAGCAGCUCUUGGAAGAAGAGGUGGCAGAAGAUGCGGCGCAGCACGAAGAAGCCGUCUUCCGCCAGAGCUACAUUCCCCGAAAUCUUGACGAAGUGUUUGAUCCGGAGCGGGAUGCUCAAGUCACACAGGAAGGCCAGUCACACACACUUAUUUACUCCGGCGUGUCUGGCAUGGACCAAGUGCUGGCCGAGCACAAUGCAGAAGAAGACGAUAAAGAGGACGAUACCACCGAGAGCGAGCUGGAGAAUGAUUCCGAUUCCGACUCGUCCGAUUCCAGCUCCGACGCGCUUGCGCAGGGCAGUACCAAAGCCUUGCGCAAAGAGCACAAGAAACAAGUCAAAGCGGCGAAUCGCGAGCGGCGCAAAACCAAAAUGCCCAAAGCAGAGAAAAAGCGCAAGAUGAAAAAGUCGUCGGGGAAGAAGAAGUAA